CGCGACUGCAGGGAAUUUUUCCGCCCGGGGAGUAAUACGGAGAAAGAUCGCCAUCUCAUAAUCGUCAUCAGAAUCUUUCUUAUCGCCGGGGAAAUCAGCGGCGUUCAGACGGCCGUGAAGAGCGGGGCAGCGGCGAGAGAGUGGAGCCUCCAAGAGCUGGGGUGCUGAGCUCCGCAGCUCGCCAUAUUAAUAGGGAGGCUUCUCGUUCGUCCUCCUCCUCCUGCUCCACAAAGCUGUACGAUAUCGUGAACUGUGCAGACUCUUACUACCUAUUCUACCUCCAUUACCCACUUCACAAACAUGUCUACCACCAACGGAACCACUCCCAGCGGAGGCCUUUCCCUUCGCGUGCUCGGAUUGAACUCCGGCACCUCCAUGGACGCCGUCGACUGUGUCCUCUGCCACUUCACUCAGAAAUCCCCCUCCGAGCCCCUCCACCUCAAGAUCCUCAAGUUCGACGACAUUGAGCUUCCCCAGAGCAUCAAGAAGCCGGUCUUCAACAUCAUCCGCUCCAACAAGACCUCCCCCGAGGAGCUCUGCCAGAUCAACGUCCAGCUCGGUGACGUCUUCGCCGACUCCGUCGAGGAGUUCUGCCGCCGCCACGGUUACGAUCUCGAGAAGGACAUCGAUGUCGUCGCUUCUCACGGACAGACCAUCUGGCUCCUGUCCAUGCCCGCCGACGGUCAGACCCGAUCCGCCCUUACCAUGGCCGAGGGCUCCAUCCUUGCCGCCCGCCUCGGCAAGACGGCCGUUACCGACUUCAGAAUCUCCGAGCAGUCGGUCGGACGCCAGGGUGCCCCCAUGAUCGCCUUCUUCGACGGAUUAGUCCUCCAGCACCCCACCAUUCCCCGCGCUUGCCAGAACAUCGGUGGUAUCGCCAACGUCUGCUUCAUCCCACCCACUUCCCAGGAGAACGGCGGUAUGUCCGGAAUCUACGACUUCGACACCGGCCCAGGUAACAUGUACAUUGACUUCGCCAUGCGUCACUACACCGAGAACAAGAUGGAGUACGACAGAGACGGACACUUCGGUGCCGCCGGCACUGUCAGCCAGGAGAUCGUCGACGAGUACCUCAAGACCCUCCCCUACUUCUCGCUGCCUCCUCCCAAGACCACCGGCCGCGAGCUUUUCGGCGACCAGCAAGCGUACGAGCUCAUCCAGCUCUGCGAGUCGAAGGGUCUCUCCCCCCAGGACACCGUCGCUACCAUCACCCGCAUCACCGCGCAGGCCGCAGUCGAGGCGUACCGCAAGUACGGACCUAAGACCGCCGACGGCAAGCUCGACAUCAAGGAGAUCUACAUGUGCGGAGGAGGAGCCUACAACCCCAACAUCUGGAAGUACAUGGAGGAGCAGUUCAAGCCCGACGGUGUCCGCAUCACCAUGCUCGACGAGGCCGGUGUUCAGGGCGGUGCCAAGGAGGCCGUCACCUUCGCGUUCCAGGGUAUGGAGGCCAUCCUUGGACGGCCCCUGGUUGUCCCCCAGCAGGUGGAGACCGAUACCCCCGUCAUUGUCGGCAAAGUCAGCCCUGGAAAGAACUACAGGGAGCUGAUGAAGAUGAGCGUCGGUUUCGGUGGACACGUUGAGGGAGACUAUCUGCCUGCUGUGCGGGAGAUGGUCCUCAACUCUGUUGCCGAGUAAACCAGCACUCACCUCAUAAAAUAAUGUCUUGUUUAUUUCGAUAGAUUUUUUUGGGUUGGCCGAAACAUGGGGAUGAUGUAAAUAUUGAAAUGUGCGGCCAGAAGCGGAGGAUAUUUUCUUUUUUCUUUCUUUCUUUUCUUGGGUGUUUUGUAUAGAUUUGAACUGGGGGCAUGAUGUAUGAUGAAAUAGAAACGAC